AUGGUCAAACCUUUAAUUCCAGAAGAUGCUUCGCUUAAUCCAGAACUAUACGGAUUGAGACGAUCACACAGAGAGAGACGUGGUCCAGCUAUAGUAGAAAGUGAUAUCAGCGACGAAGAUGACGUUGAGAACAAACCUACGCGUAAGAAGAAGAAGAAGUAUAACGAUGAAGAUGGAUUUGAGGAUGGAUUUGAUGAUGAUGAUGAUGAUGAUGAAGACGAUGAUGAAGACGAAGACGACGAGUUUGUUGUUAGUACAAAAAAGAGAAAGUCUAAUGGUAAAACAUCUAAAUCUACGAAGAAGACGAGUAAUACACCAACCAUGGCAGAAAUAAGGUUCUCUUCAAGAAACAGUAAACAAGUCAAUUAUACAGUUGAUUAUGAUGAGGAUGAUGCUGACUUACUUGAAAGUGGACCAGAAUUUGAUCACGAUGAAGAAGACGACGAAGCUAAUGGUGAUUAUUAUUAUUACCAACAGGCAGCAGAAGCCGAAGACGAGAGAGGAAUUGAUCAAGUAAUGGAUCACAAAAUAAAUGAAGAUAAUGCCGAAUUAACUAAUGAACCCAAAUUAGAUUAUUUAUUUAAGGUUAAAUGGUCUGACGCAUCACACUUACACAACACAUGGGAGACGUGGUCUAGCUUGAAAGAUUUUAAAGGAUUUAGGAAAGUUGAUAACUAUAUCAAGCAAUUCAUAAUUAUGGAUCGUGAAAUCCGUAAUGAUCCAUUAACAACGAAGGAAGACAUAGAGGCCAUGGAUAUUGAUCUUGAGAGAAGACGUGAUGAACAAGAUGAAUAUACCGAAGUUGAGAGAAUUGUCGAUAGUGAAAGAGCCGAAGUAGAUGGUGAGAGCCAGUUACAAUAUUACUGUAAAUGGAAGAGACUUUAUUACGAUGAAUGUUCAUGGGAAAACGCCGAAGAGAUUGCUAGAAUUGCUCCUGAACAAGUGACAAGGUAUCAGCAGAGGUUGAAAUCAAAGAUCUUACCUAAUUUGUCUGCAAACUAUCCAUCAAACCAAAGACCAAGGUUUGAGAAAUUGGUUAAACAACCGUUAUUUAUUAAAAAUGGUGAGUUAAGAGAUUUCCAAUUGACAGGUUUAAACUGGAUGGCCUUUUUAUGGUCAAGAAAUGAAAAUGGUAUUUUAGCAGAUGAAAUGGGGUUAGGUAAAACCGUUCAAACAGUUUCAUUUUUAUCUUGGUUAAUCUAUGCUAGAAGACAAAAUGGACCACAUUUGGUUGUUGUUCCGUUAUCUACUGUUCCAGCAUGGCAAGAAACCUUCGAAAAAUGGUCACCCGAUCUUAAUUGUAUUUAUUACUUAGGGAAUACUGAAUCAAGACGAAAUUUAAGAAAUUACGAAUUUUACCAGGGUAAUAACAAACCAAAAUUCAACAUUUUGUUAACCACAUACGAGUAUAUCUUGAAGGACAGAAAUGAAUUGGGACCAAUUAAAUGGCAAUUUUUGGCUGUUGACGAAGCUCAUAGAUUGAAGAAUGCCGAAUCUUCUUUAUAUGAAUCGUUAAAGCUGUUCAAGGUUACAAAUAGACUUUUAAUCACUGGUACGCCUUUACAGAAUAACAUUAAAGAAUUAGCAGCAUUAUGUAACUUCUUGAUGCCGGGAAAAUUUAAUAUCGAACAAGAAAUCGAUUUUGAAUUCCCUGAUGAUCAACAAGAACAAUACAUUAAGGAUUUACAGAAAAAAAUUCAGCCUUUUAUUUUGAGACGGUUGAAAAAAGAUGUGGAGAAAUCACUUCCUUCGAAGACUGAAAGAAUUUUGAGAGUUGAAUUGUCUGACUUACAAACCGAUUACUACAAAAAUAUCAUUACCAAGAAUUACUCAGCAUUAAAUGCUGGUAAUAAGGGGUCACAAAUUUCGUUGUUAAACGUUAUGAGUGAGUUGAAAAAAGCUUCAAACCAUCCAUAUUUAUUUGACGGGGCAGAAGAAAGAGCAUUGGCUAAAGCAAAUUCGAAUGCAAGAGAUAAUGUUCUUCGUGGUAUUAUUAUGUCGUCUGGUAAGAUGGUCUUACUUGAACAAUUGUUAACUAGGUUAAAAAAAGAAGGCCAUAGAGUUUUGAUCUUCAGUCAAAUGGUUAGAAUGCUAGAUAUUUUGGGCGAUUAUUUAUCGAUUAAGGGUUAUCAGUUUCAAAGAUUGGAUGGUGGUAUACCUUCUUCACAGAGAAGAAUUUCGAUUGAUCACUUUAAUGCUCCUGAUUCAAAGGAUUUCGUCUUUCUUUUAUCCACAAGAGCUGGUGGAUUAGGUAUCAACUUAAUGACGGCUGAUACAGUCGUUAUCUUUGAUUCUGACUGGAAUCCACAAGCUGAUUUACAAGCAAUGGCAAGAGCUCACAGAAUUGGUCAGAAGAACCAUGUUUCUGUGUAUAGAUUUGUGAGUAAAGAUACUGUUGAAGAAGAGAUUUUAGAAAGAGCGAGGAAAAAGAUGAUUUUAGAAUACGCAAUUAUUUCAUUAGGUAUCACGGAUCCAAGUUCGACGAAGAGUAAGACAGAACCAUCUGCUAAUGAAUUAACUCAAAUUUUGAAGUUCGGUGCUGGUAACAUGUUUAGAGAAAACGAUAACCAAAAGAAGUUAGAAGACUUGAAUUUGGAUGAAGUUUUAAACCAUGCUGAAGAUCAUGUAACGACACCUGAUUUAGGCGAGUCAAACUUAGGUUCCGAAGAAUUUUUAAAACAAUUCGAAGUUACAGAUUAUAAGGCAGAUAUAGAAUGGGAUGACAUUAUUCCUCAAGAAGAAUUAUCUAAAUUGAAAGAAGAUGAGAAGAAGAAAGCUGAUGAUGAGUUCCUUCAGGAGCAAAUUUCUAUGUAUUCUAGAAGAAAGGCAGCAGUUAGAAAAUUACAAGAUGGCUCAGAGAAUGUUAGCGAAGAUGAGGUUGCUGAUUCAGAUAACCAAAGAAAGGCCAGAAAGAGAAACGAUGAAAACUAUCAGUUAUCUGAGAAAGAGAUCAGAGGAAUCUAUAGGUCGAUUUUGAAACUCGGUGAUUUGACAGGAAAGUGGGAACAGUUAGUCGAAGACGGAAGUAUUUCUAAUAAGAACCCAGUAUUGAUUAAGCACGCGUAUAAUGAAAUUAUUAACAUUUCGAAGCAAUUGGUCAAAGAAGAAGAAGCAAGAAGAGCAAAGGUGUUAGCGGAAUUAGAAAGAAAAGCUAUGGAACUGAAGGACAAGAAUGUUGUGACUGUUGAUGGAUCUAGUCCUAUGGCAUUAUGGGUGGCCAAGAAGAAAGAGAAGAGAGCUGUAUUAUUCGAAUACCAAGGUGUUAAGAAUAUUAAUGCCGAAUUGGUAUUGGCUAGACCUCAGGAUAUGAAGCUACUUGAAACUUUAAUACCAAAGGAGAAUCCAACUAGUUUCGAAAUACCGAAGCCACCCAAACAAGUAUCAUCUUGGAACUGUGAAUGGGACACGAAGGAUGAUUCCAUGUUAUUAGUAGGUGUAUACAAAUUUGGAUACGGAUCGUGGGUGCAAAUCAGAGAUGACCCGGUUCUAGGAUUACAGAACAAGUUAUUCCUUGAAAACGCUAACAGUAAGGAAAGCAAGGAAGACAAGUCUGCCAAGAGGGUUCCAGGUGCAGUUCACCUCGGUAGAAGAGUGGAUUACUUAUUUACACUCUUGAAAGAAGGUGACGAAACCCCUAACGGAAACACAUCUAACAACACCACCACCAAAAAGAAGGUCAGAAGAGUCAAAAACGAAACUCCUACACCUGCCGUCAAAAAGAAGCCUACCAAGUCCCAAUCGCCAGAGGUUAACAAGAAGCCAAAACACAAGAAAUUGUUACCAAAGGAUUCACCAACGUCUUCCUCCGCAAACUCUCCAAAAGACCCUAAUGGCCAUGCCCAUACCCAUACCCACACCCACAUCAAAGAAGAACCACCCGCGGAGAACGACUUGGAAUACGAAAGUAUGGAUGAGGCCGAGUGCAAAAACGCAUUGAAGCCCGUUUCCAAAUCUCUAAUGAGAUUACAUAAAGGAAACAAGGGCUUUGAGAAAGCCGAAUGGGCCAAUAUCUUGAGAAAAGAGUUAUUGACCAUUGGUGAUUUCAUUGACCAAACUACUGGUUCAAAAGACAAGCACCUGGACAAAUUAAAGAAACAUUUAUGGUCUUAUGCUAGUCUUUACUGGCCCGCAAAAGUACCAAGUAAAAAGAUCAAUGAUAUGUAUAAUAGAGUUAAGGUUCAAGUAAGAGCCCCAAAAAAACCUAAGAACUCUUAG